AUACCUGGCUGCCAUGGGGUGCAGUUCAGCUACAGGGUCACAGGCUCACUGAAGACUGAGAUAUAAAUAUUGGAUCCAGACUUGCUGAUUGUUAGAGGCUGGUGCUGCCUUUCGCACAAUGGCAGAGGUGGUGGCUGAGGCAGCUGAAGUGGCUGAGAUGCCAACACAGAUGUCACCAGGGGCGGUGGAGAUGUCAACACCAACGUUAGGGGAGAAAAUGGAGAUGUUAACGGCGGUGACUGAGAUGACAGCUGGGGAGGCCCUUGCCUCAUCCCUCUUCUUCCAGUUCAUGUGCUCUGAAUGUGGCAGCCUCUACAACACACUGGAAGAAGUCCUGUCACACCAGGAGCAGCAUGUGCCCACUGUCACAGAGGAGGAGGCGCUGACCACCCAGGACACCGGCCUGGAGCCGGAGCUGGUGCCAGGCACUGAGGAUGGGCCUUUCCAGUGCGGUGAGUGCAGCCAGCUCAUCCUCUCCCCCAGCGAGCUCCUGGCCCACCAGGAUGCCCACCUGCGGGAGUCUGCAAGCCAGAUCCAGUACCAAUGUGGAGACUGCCAGGAGCUGUUUCCCUCGCCUGAGCUGUGGGUGGCUCAUCGGAAGGCCCGGCACCUUUCUGCUGCGGCAGCAGCUAAACCUCCGGUGCCGCCUCCUCUGCCUCCCCUCCCCUCCCCACCUCCACCCCCUGCUCCACCCGAAGUCAAGAUGGAGCCCUAUGAGUGUCCUGAGUGCUCUGCCCUGUGUACCACCCCUGAGGAGUUCUUGGAGCACCAGGGCACUCACUUUGACUCCCUAGAGAAAGAAGAGCACAACGGGCUAGAGGAGGAGGAGGAGGAGGGUGAGGCUGAAGAAGGUGACGACGAAGAGACAGAGGAUGAGGAAGAGGCAGCAGCAGAGGUGGGUGAUGAUGCUAAGGGAGCUGACAAGUCCACAGCCGGCCAGGCCCAGGGCUGUGGGGAUUGUCCUCAACGCUGCACCUCAGCAGGGGCACCCCGGCGCCACCGGCGGGCGUCCCGUGGCCCAGCAUCAGCAGCUCACCCCUUCCACUGCAGCCAGUGCCAGCGCAGCUUCAGCUCGGCAAACCGGCUUCUGGCUCACGGGCGGGCCCAUAUUGGUGGCACACACGAAUGUACGACCUGCUCCAAGGUCUUCAAGAAAGCAGCCUCACUGGAGCAGCAUCUACGGCUGCACCGCGGCGAAGCCCGCUACCUCUGCGUGGACUGUGGCCGUGGCUUCAGCACAGAACUCACGUUGGUGGCCCACCGGCGGGCCCACACCGCCAACCCACUGCACCGCUGCCGCUGCGGCAAAACGUUCAGCAACAUGACCAAGUUCCUCUACCACCGGCGCACUCAUGCCGGCAAGAGCGGGGCACCUCCCAUGGCGGUGGCGGCGGCGGCAGUGGCCGCCUCCCCGGCUCCUGCCGAGCCCACGCCCCCCCCACUGCCCCCUGCCCCACCUGCCCAGCUGCCCUGCCCGCAGUGCACCAAGUCCUUUGCCUCUGCCUCCCGGCUCUCCCGGCACCGGCGCGCGGUCCAUGGGCCCCCUGAGCGGCGACACCGCUGUGGUGUCUGCGGCAAGGGCUUCAAGAAGCUGGUCCAUGUGCGCAACCAUCUGCGGACGCACACGGGCGAGAGGCCCUUCCAGUGCCAUUCCUGUGGCAAGACUUUUGCUUCUCUGGCCAACCUCAGCCGCCACCAGCUGACCCACACGGGUGUGCGUCCCUACCAGUGCCUGGACUGUGGCAAGCGCUUCACGCAGAGCUCUAACCUGCAGCAGCACCGGAGGCUGCACCUGCGGCCAGUCGCCUUUGCCCGUGCGCCCCGCCUCCCCAUCACCGGUCUCUACAACAAGAGCCCCUACUACUGCGGGACCUGCGGCCGCUGGUUCCGUGCCAUGGCGGGCCUGCGACUGCAUCAGCGGGUCCACGCCCAAGCUCGGACGAUGACACUGCAGCCUCCCAGAUCACCCCCUCCUGCCCCGCCCCCGCCCCCCGAGCCUCAGCAGACUAUUAUGUGCACCGAGCUCGGGGAGACCAUUGCCAUCAUCGAGACAUCCCAGCCACUGGCACUUGUGGACACGCUGCAGCUGUGCCAGGCGGCACUGGGGGCCACUGAAGCGAGCGGGCUGUUGCAAUUGGACACGGCCUUUGUGUGACACAGCUGAAGAGCAACAAUAAAAGAGUUUGGUUGCAGAAUCAAGUGUGGGCACCUCACCGGGUGCCAGCAUUCACCCACCCUGGCCUCUUACCCACUUACUCCUCAGAAUGGCCCCACCAGGCGUCACCUUUUUCUGCCUGAGGGGACGCUGAAGCUCUGAGACAUGAUAUGAUGUGUCCCGGUCACCCCACUGCGUUGCAAAGCGGGGUUCUGCAAGGCUCUUUGCAUCACCCUGGUGCCCAGCAACAUCAGGUAACCUUUCCUGAGCCCCAACCAUGUGCCAGCUCUGUGCUGGGCCCUGUCACAUACCUCUUCACAUCCUCUGCUUGUCCCCCCAGCCCUAGCCUUCUCUGGACUCUGGGCUCCCAGGAUUUGGCUCUGCCUGGUGGAAGAAGGCCCUUGACUUCUCUGGGCUUCCUUGAUCUCACUUUUGACAACGUGGAGGGCAAUCUGUAGGUACCUUGGUAUUCAGCUGCAGGUGGGUGAUGUUGGAAACCCAGGAAUGAGUCAGACAUGGACUCUGCCCCAGGAGCCACGCAGUGUGGUAGGAGGAACACCCACAAAUACAGAUGGCCUUGCUCUCUGA